AUGUCAGAAGAAAUGAUUAUGUCUAUGACUGAAAAGCCAAUCAAAAUUGAGCCACCCGAAUAUCCAGUAGAAGAUGUUAAAUGCGAAAAUGAGGACAAAUUUGAUGCCAUCGAUGCUAUUGUUAAAUCUGAAUCGUUUUCUGAAAAUGAUGAUACGUGUUUAGAAAGAUUUAUGAAUUCCGAGGUGACAAUUGAAGAUGAAGUCAAACAGGAGUCUUAUGAAUGUGACAUUUGUAAUCAAUCAUUUACAGAAUCACAUCAUUUAACAAAGCAUAUGAUCAAUCACAGCGAAGAAGGUCCCUUCAAAUGUGAAGUCUGUCAUAAGAUUUUCAAACAAUCUAAAAAGUUGCAAACACACAUGAAUAAACAUCCGGGUAAAAGAUCUUUCAAAUUUGAAAUAGGCAAUAAGACAUUUAAUAAUAAACGCAGGAGAGAGCAUCUUUAUGAAUGUGAGAUAUGCAAUAAGACAUUCACACAAUUAGGUCAUCUAAAGAGACACAUGGUCAUUCACAGUGGUGAACGUCCCCACGAAUGCAAUGUAUGCAAGAAACAAUUCCAACUAGUAGAUUAUCUGAAAAAACACAUGCUGAUACACAGUGGUGUACGCCAAUAUGAAUGUAAUAUAUGCAAUAACACAUUCACACAAUUAGGUCAUCUGAAAAGUCACAUGCUUGUUCACAGUAGUGAGCGUCCCAAUGAAUGCAACAUAUGCAAUAAGACAUUCAAACAUUUAUCUCAUCUGAAGAGACACAUGCUCAUUCACAGUGGUGAACGUCCUCACGAAUGCAAUGCAUGCAAGAAACGAUUCCAACUAGGAAGUCAUCUGAAACAACACAUGUUGACGCACAGGGAUGUACAUCCAUAUGAAUGUAAUAUUUGCAAUAAAACAUUCAAACAAUUGGGCAGUUUGAAAAGUCACAUGCUCAUUCACAGUGGUGAACGUACUCACGAAUGCAAUGUAUGCAAGAAACAUUCCAACGGCAAGUCAUCUGAAAAACACACAUGCUGA